AACAUGGCGGAUCCGGAAGGAGAGUCACUAGAAUCGUGGCUUAACAAAGCCACCAACCCUUCCAACAGACAGGAGGACUGGGAAUAUAUUAUUGGAUUUUGUGAUCAAAUCAAUAAGGAGCUUGAAGGUCCACAGAUAUCAGUGAGAUUGCUAGCACAUAAAAUCCAGUCACCACAAGAAUGGGAGGCGCUACAAGCACUGACUGUCUUAGAAGCCUGCAUGAAGAACUGUGGGAGAAGGUUUCAUAAUGAAGUUGGAAAGUUUAGGUUUUUAAAUGAACUCAUCAAAGUAGUUUCACCCAAGUAUUUAGGAGACAGAGUGUCAGAGAAGGUGAAGACAAAAGUAAUAGAGAUGCUGUUCAGUUGGUCCACCGCCCUGCCAGAUGAGACAAAGAUCACAGAGGCUUAUCAGAUGCUAAAGAGGCAAGGCAUCGUGACGACAGAUCCAGAAGUUCCUGUGGAUAAGACUCUGAUUCCCUCACCACCUGACCGGCCUCACAAUCCUGUCUUUGAAAACGAGGAGAAGAGUAAACGUCUCGCAGAACUUCUGAAAAGCAAAAAGCCAGAGGAUCUGCAGGAGGCCAACCGGCUCAUCAAGAACAUGGUGAAAGAGGAUGAAGCAAGGGUGCAGAAAGUAGCCCAGCGCACCAGCACUUUAUUGGAGGUGGACAACAGCGUCAAACUACUGAACGAAAUGCUGCGGCACUUCAGUAAAGACCAAUCUACGCAGGCAGACAGAGAGCUUCUUAAGGAUUUGCAUGAUGACUGUGAUAAACUGAGGACGACAGUGUUCAAGCUGGCCACAGAGACCGAGGAUGAUGACAGCAGCUUAGGUGAAAUUCUGCAGGCGAGUGAUGAUCUCUCACGUGUUAUUAACUCUUACAAGAGCAUAGUGGAAGGACAACCUGUUAGCGCUGACACACCUGGAUCUACAGCAUCAGAACGUACCGAUAACGGAAGCUCCUCAGAGAUUUUAAUAGACUUGGCUGGUUUGGACGUUCACACUGCUUCACCGCAGCGUCCUCCUCUUCUGUCAGCUCAAAUCCCAGCUGACCUCUUCAUGUCUCCACCCGCUUUUGACCCUCCUCCUCCCUACCCCAACUCUUUUUCUGCCCAGUCCGGCUUACAAGCUGACAUAAAAGGCAGCCCUAAUCGUCCAAUCACAAGCGAGAAUCCAAACAGCCUCUCUCUCCUGGAUGAAGAGCUCAUUUCUCUAGGUCUCAGUGAUCCGGUUACAUCUACUAGUGCUCAGAAACAAGACAAUGAAGACAAUCAGUGGACAUCCUUACAGGCCCCCAAUCCACUGAUGGAUUUCCUCAGCAGUUCUCCUCCGUUAGACUCUACCUCAGCUUCAGACAGCAGUCAUGCUUCAGAAUCCUUUGGGGCGGUGGCUCCUUUGGCCUUUCCUGCUCCUGCCCAGUCUGUGUCCACCUCGCUCCAGGAUCUUGCCCUGCUGGACCUGGGAAAACUUAGCAGUAGUCCGGCUGGGCUGGCGAUGGCAGAAUCGGCGUCUUUACCCUGCGAAGUCGGAGGAGGUCCUGCUGUAACAUCCUGCACUAAACCCCCAAACUCAGCCUUCCUCCCAGACAGCCCGCUCCUGCAGCCCCUCUCACCCCCUCUGGUGGCCAGGCAAGGAACUGCAGCCCCUCAGCCUGACCCCUCACUGACCAACGUCUUUGUCCCACUGGACUCCAUCAGACCCAGUAAAGAAAGCCCAGUGACGGCCUAUGAUAAGGAUGGCGUUUGCGUCCUGCUGCACUUUGCCUCUAACUGCCCUCCUGGACGGCCCGACGUGCUGGUCAUGGUGGUGUCCCUGCUGAACACAGCCCCUCUCCAAGUGAAGAGUCUGACACUACAGGCAGCCGUGCCAAAGUCUAUGAGAGUGAAGCUGCAGCCACCCUCAGGCACGGAGCUGGCCCCUUUUAACCCAAUACUGCCCCCUAGUGCCAUCACACAAGUAAUGCUGCUGGCUAACCCACUGAAGGAGAAAGUUAGGAUGAGAUACAAGCUGACGUUUGUCCUCGGAGAUCGGCAGUGCUCAGAGACGGGUGAAGUGGAUAAAUUCCCGCCGGUGGAGAGAUGGGGCAGGCUGUAGUGUUCACCCGAGACACGGAUCCUCAAUCCUGCUUGCAGAUAUCCAUCCUCCAAAGUUACCUUAACGGUCUUUAAGGGAAUACUCCAGCAUUUUUCAACCUACUCUUUCUCUGCUGCAUCUUUAUUGUGUGGUUCAUUGAUGGUAGAUUUGUGUUUUACAUGUAGGCAUUUGGCAGACACUCUAUCUAGAGCAGCUUGUGAUUUAAUCACGUUACAGAUGUGGGCGAAAAUAGCAUUAGGAGGACAACUUAUUGGUGGAGCGUGGCAUUUGUGCCUAGGUGUGGUAUCAAAGCCCAGCCUGCCAUGAGAAGGGCAGUGGUGUUACCUAGUAGUGGGCAGUAUGGCCAAUAUAUUAUUAAAGUGUAAUUAAAAUUUAUGACAGUUUCAGUAUAGAUAUGAACAGUAUAUACAUUUUUACAAAUAAAAUCAUUUCAGAUGCUUAAACACAUUUUUUUAGUUUAUUAUUGGCUUAUAUUUCUGAAUCGUACCUUCACUUUUAUUAAAAAGCGUUUUUAACACAGUGCUAUAUGUUGUUUCCUGUCUAAAGAACUUGGCUUCUUCUUCAGCAGCUUUUUGUUAGAAUGCUCCCUUCCACCUUAAAUGGAGCAGCAUACAGUCUGGCACCUGUAUAGGCACCAUAAUGUAACUACUCAUUUAAGGUGGAAUAAGCAAUUGGAAUAAGAAGCCAACACCUGUAUAUAAUCGUAAACGUUUCAGUACCAGCUGCUACGCAGCCUUUUCUCAAGACUGCAGCUUCAGUGCAGUGAUGCAGUGAUGAGUGAAUCAGGCAUGCUUGUCUAAUGCUAACCCCAAAAGACCAACCGUUCAUUUAUAUCUCAAAAACAAAGUAGACUACUUCAUAUUAAGUGUACUAGACAGCAGGACAGUUUCAUUUAAAACAUGACUAAAACAUCCCUGACUCAGACACUCAGCUAAAGGAGAUAACAUUAGCGUGGUCUGCGCUGUUUGUAUGUUGCGUUAUCUAUACUUACUUGUGAUGUACCAGUAUAACGGUUAUGACAAAACUCUAACCUGAGGAGCUACUGCCCACUAUUAGUAUAAGACACUACACUACACCACCAUAAAAUGGCCUGUGCCACAUUUAUAACAGUGUUUUUGAACAUAACACAAAGCCCACUGACUUAAACCCCAUUUAUAGUAGAAGUCAAUGGGCAGUUGCUGAGUUCUGCAAAUAAAUGUUAGAAAUAUGUGACUAUAUAAUGUGAAUUUGAGUCACUGGCUGUUUUACUCUAACAGUACAGGUGUUAGGAUGAGACAGACUGAGACAAUGAGCCAUACCAAAACUGUUCUUGUAAAGUUUUAUUCAACUUUACAACACAGGGGCAGCACAAUUAGAAAAUCGUUCUGGUUACUGUCCCUAAGGUAUUCAGCUAUCAAAGGCGAUCACAGCAAUCCACUAUGAUGGCAGCAAACUAGUCCUUUCUCUAAAAGAAUUAACUAUACAGCUUAUGAAUUCAUUUGACUAAAGAAUUCAUGAAAGUGCAGAAAUACAUAAACCUUUACUGACAGAAUUCAGCAGCUGCCCAUUAACUUCUGUUAUAAGUGAGUUUCACGUGAACAUGUUUUCUGUUCUAGGAAAUGAGUUGAAAUUAUAAUCUGCGUUAAUCAACUGUACACUCUUAAAAAGGAUGGUCCCUUAAAGGUUCUUUAGUAAAGAAGAUUGUUCUAUAUAGAACCCUGAA